CGGGUACCGUGGUUGGAUUAAUUUGGAUCAAGAUUUGUGUUCUGGCUCAGCGCUAAAGGCGCGAAGUGCCACUGGCAUGCCACCGGUUUCGCUGAUCUUUUUAGCUGCGACCGUGACCCUUAGGGUCUACGGCGUCCAUAGCCGUCUUUGCUUGCCAGAUGCAAUCCCAGAAUUUGAGCGACAAAACGUAGCUGUAGAUGGAAUUUCCAUGCCAAUUGGCAUUUGGUCGAGUUCUUGGGACUCAGCUUUGAUUGUGAGCUCCAUUUAUCAGAUACUUGUUCAGGAGAAGUUGGGCUACAACUGCUCCAUCAGCGUUGGCAACAGCAGCAAGAUCCAGCUUUGGAAAGUUGCGGGCUGCGAACAUGAUCCAGUUAGCAAUAACAUCACAGGAGGAUGUGGAGCUCCUCGUCAUCAACACGUGACAUUUGAGUUCUGGCACGGUGCCGAUGCAGAACUGCCAACUUGGCUGUUGGAGCUGGGGAAUUUCGCCCCGGAGAAUUUGGGUAGUAUUGGAUAUUCAGGGACAGAGGGCAUGCAUAUUAUGCGUCCUCCAAUCACAGCAGCUCUGGCUGACAGCGGACUGCCGCUGGAACACUUUCGAUCAUACAAUCGUUCCUGGUACAAUCCUUCCAUGUAUACAGCCACUGUCGCGCAGGUAGACCUGGGCAAAUUAAGGACUUGUGCCGAGUCUGUGGAGCGCUGGAAAGACAUAGGGCAGAUCUAUUUGGCAGCCACUGGCGACGUUGAUGGUCUAGAGGACAAGGAUGGAAAGAAAGUCCUGAAGUGCUGGCAGGAGAAGUGGUGGGCUGCACCUGCCUGCCGCCAAAGCAUCCCAGACUGUGCCAGCGUAAUCACCACCAAAGACGGAUUGGGAAUGCCAUACAUGAUUCAACAGGCCUUCUUCCACAACAUGCCUCUGGCAUUCGCCAUGGCAUUAAAGAAUUUCUAUGUGGCGUUGAACCUGGAGUUGCAGGGCUUGCUGUACUGGUGGGCACCAGACACGCAAUUCGCUUUGCAGAAGCCGUAUCAGUUGAUGUUUCCGCCCCACAGCCCGUCCCAGUACAAGCAACAGAUUUACAAGACCAUGAAGGAGAAGACCUUGCUGAGCAAUUGGAUGGCCAAAGGAUUCCGUGACAUCGCAGAACGUCCUGCAGUCGUGGCCUCUAAGUUGCAAUUGGGCGAUGAGGACAUCAAGGCUCUGUUGGUGGCACAAGUAGAAGCAGGAAACCAAGAUCCUUGGGACACAGCUUGCAACUGGCUCUUGCAGUCCGACCAUCUGUGGCAAGAUUGGUUGCCGAACGAAACUACCUGCAGCAUGGGGAAAGGCUUAGUGGAUUCUUCAGACAACUUUACCCAGCGGAGAGGGAUGGCCGUGAAAUGUGCGCCUUGUCGUCCUGGUCAUCAAUCUGUGGAGCAGGACAGAACGCGGGUUUGCAUCCCUUGUGAUGCCGGACACUACCAACCUCUACCAGGGGAAAGCACAUGCUUGCUCUGUGAACCUGGCACCAGGUCUGAGCUGAAAGGUCAGACAGAAUGCAUCCCUUGCAGCUUGGGACGCUUUGCAAAUCGCUACGCAAUGACCUCGUGCGUUCAAUGUGGCCCUGCGGAUCAAACAGAGCGCUGGACAACCAGCGAGGCUGUGAUGUCACAGCGCGAGCAGACAUGGAUUCAAAUUCAGGGCGCCGAUUCAGAGGACUACUGCAGCUGUGUGGAAGGGACCUAUCUUUGGAAAGGUCGUUGUGAGGUGUGCGUUGAAGGCUCAAGAUGUCCGGGCUCCAAUCAGUUGCUGCUGAAACCUGGUUACUUCUCAAAACCAGAGGCACCUGGGGAUGUCUUUCGAUGCUACGGGCGCUCCAGGAGAUGUCCAGGUGGUGCUCCUGGAAAUUGUGCAGCUGGGCGAGAUAGCAACAGCUUGAGCUGCACUUCGUGUCUCCCUGGGCUCCAUGAAACGGAAGAUCUUUGCAUCGCCUGCGGCUCUAAAGAUUAUGUGAUCCUGGUGCUCGUAGGACUAUUGUGUGUAUUUGGGAUUGCACUCCUGUACGUGGUCCUAGUGAAGGAAGGGAAGACGAGCAGGCAGCCCGGCAGCCUCUUGAUUGCAGCGCUUGGCUUGGGUCAGAUGGUCACGGUGGUCCAACAGCUCACUGUGAUCCAGCAGUUCAAGAUCGUGUGGGGCCAGCCUUUUUCGAGUAUUUUGGAAUUUCUGGAGCUUCUAGCGUUUGAUCUGGACAUGGUCUCUAUUGGCUGCGUCGCACCAUUGAGUCCAGUGUUGAAGUUCUCAAUUCGAACGCUCCUGGUGCUUCUAUUCUUUGUUGUGGCUUGCAUGGUUCACUGCGUUUACAUUGCAUACAAGCGGGCCAAAACUUUCCGCAUCAGCCUCCUUUUACGAACAGUCGGUACUCUCUUUAUGGUCUUCUUCAUCUCCCUUUGUUCCUCGAUACUGGCACCCUUCCGCUGCCACAUACAUCCAAAUGGUCUAUGGACGGUGCAGUCGUAUGAUGAGGUGUUCUGCGAUGGGACCCAGGAACACCUGCAAAUGGCAUUGGUUGGAGGAUUUGCCUGUUUGCUCCCCGUGAGCUUCUUGGUCGUUAGCGUUUGGAUCAUCGUCUACCAAUUGCCCAAGCGACUGGAGAAUGCAGAUGUGCAAUUCAUCCGCGCUUGCUCGUUUCUAUUUAUUCGCUUUAGACCUGGAGCCGAAGUCUUCUCGGUGCUUUUCUUGGCCCGAAAUACCUUGGUGGUCCUUUGCCCGCUGCUGCCCUCCUCAGCUGGCAAGGUGGUCUGCAUGAACAUUCUCUUGUAUGGCAGCAUUGUGAUCACUGCCUUCUACAAACCUUGGCGGGCGCCAGCAUGCAAUUUUUUAGACCUUCUUCUGGUCACCGGGAUGCUAGUAAUCCUUGACAUGGGCUCCCUCUUUGUCACAGAGGUGGACACCAGCAAAGUCACCGCAACAUGCGUGGUCUUCUUCAGUCUCAUGUUCCUGGCGAUCGCCGCAGCAAUAUUUUAUGGAAUAGCAAAGCACUUUUUCGUCAGAUACAGGAAACAGUUCCGCUUCUUCUUGUGCCAUCAAAAAGUAGCAGCUGGGAGUCUAGCACGAUUGCUGAAGAUGGAGUUGCAGAAGCGUGGCCCGCAAUUUAACACGUUUGUUGAUUGCGAUGACCUGAACGAUCCCACUCGUGUCCUUAACUACGUUGGUCAAGACACUGAGACUCUGGUGGUUCUGGGCAGUCCAGAAUUGCUGACGCGGAAGUGGUGUGUUGGGGAGAUCUGCACUGCCAGGAUCCAGAGGGUGGAUACUGUGGUUUUGGCACUCCCUGGUUAUGUCGAACCAGACAAGACCUUCAUUGAAAGCUAUUCUAGCAUUGUCCCGGACAUCACAGAGCUGGCAAAUUACAAUCUUGGCCUGACAGAGGUGGAAGAGACGCUGCGCUGGAUCAGCACUGUGCCAACCACUGCUGUUCCAUUCCUGACACCAGAUGCGAUUGAGUUGAUGGGCAACGACUUGACGGGAACCAGUAAGAAACAGAUGAUUUCGAGCGGCGAACCGGACUGUGUAGUCUUAGCAGAUCUUGAGAACAUCGAGGCUGUUGCAACUGCUUACAUCCUGCUGGAUCUCAUCCUGCCCAAGCUGGCUGGGAGUCAUCGGGACAGCAUGCCAGCAGUGUUGACAAAGGGAGCGCCCUUGCCUGCGACGACCGCGACAGUGCUCAUGAUUUGCAGCGAAGGAUGUUUCAGGUCUGUAGAGGUGGCGUCAUGGCUGCUCUCAGUGAUCAAGUUGGAGAAAUGUUGCGUUUUGCCUAUCAUAGCAGAGGAUGGCUUCCGCUUCCCAAGCCAAGCUUUCUAUGAUGACCUGGUGGCCAAUCAACAAUUGUCAAAGCUGGACCUGGAUACCUAUGUGCACAUCCUGAAAGCAGUUUUUGAGGAGAUUGCAGUCGUUUUCCCGCCGGAGAACUAUUCUUCUACACAGGAGGAUUUGGAUCUGCGAUCCAAGCAG